AUGGACACAAACCGAUCCAACAUGCAACUAGCCUUAAUCACCACAGCGCUCUGUUGUAGCGCUUUCAGUGCACCAGUGCCAGUUCCACUCGAGGAAGAGUUCAACUUGCCCGGAUUCAGCGCUAUGCAAGAAAAUCACGAGGAAAAAUUUCUCCGAGUUGAUCAAAAUAAGGACAAAAAACUGAAUUUUGGCGAAUUUCUGCACAUGGAAUUAGCAUAUGUUGAUGCAAAAAAGGAGGAAUUCGAUUCACUCGACAAAGACGGUGACGGUAUAAUAACACAAAGAGAAUAUGAGGAGCACUACCGCGGAGUCACAAAUCGAAGUGAAGCGCGCCGAACGGAAUACUUUGCCAAGGUGUUUCAGGACUUUGAUGAAGACUUCGAUUUGUCUUUGAGCCAAAAUGAGCUGGAAAAAUUGCUGGCAAAACGAUUCCUUGUGAAGCCACGUGAAAAUUUUCCAAAGCUCUUCUAUAACCUUGACAACGACCGUAGUGGCGGACUGGACCUCAAUGAGUACAUGAAAUUCGAUGCAACCUUUCCGUUUGACCAGACUGACCCGAUUCCGUACGACGUGAACAGAGUCAGAUCAAAUGGAACUGAGAUCUUGUCGGAGCAAACAGUGCCUGUGAAGGCAACCUUAGUGCCGAACUCCACUGUAGAUGAACAGGAUGUCGAGGCAAUCGCACAAGUUAUGGGUCAAGCUUCAGCCUCAUUCAAAAAUUCCGUGCCUAAACAAGCGGCCGUUCUACAAAAAGGCGGCUCAACGUCAUUAUUCGAGCACGGUUUCACUGGAAAAAGCGAUUUCACCACUCAUCCCGUUAAGCCGAGCCCGUUUCGACAAAUUCUACCCAUUCAAAAAAUUGUGAAAGCAGUGAAAUCCAUCUAA